UAUCGAUUUUUCCUGAAGUUGUUUGUUGAAUCAUACACAUUCUUGUUAUUCAUUGUUGAAAGUGGAGCUCCCUGAUUCGCAGACUUAGGUCUUGUCGUGCUUAGGCCAUUGAACGGCUCCGGGCCAUACCAGGAAACAAUUCGACCAAUAAAACUAUCUUUCUACCAACUUUUUAACCUUCAGCAUCACCACUUCAUCUCAAACUGCUGUAAAAGUGUGUGCCUAUGUUAGAUAUUUUUACUUAGGAUAAGGAACAAAGGAAACAAAAUGUAACCAAAAGUAUCGGGAAAUCAGUGAAAAUCGAAAAGUUGUGACUCACAAGUAGUGUAGUUUUAUAGUUUGGCUGAUUGCCAAUUGCUGGAGUUUGGCAAAUAAUCAAUCGAUAUUGCAACCAGUGAUACAAAACAGUCCUGCAAAAAUAAAAAGGAUAAAAGAUUCCUGCAAGUCGGUUUUCUCAUCCUAUCUCGUGGAAAGGGUGUACAAUCCUGUCAUUACUGGGACGCAAAACAUCAGAAAAGAUAUUUGAUACAUUGGCUUCAAAGAAAAAGCGUCCUUCGUCUACGCGGAUAAUAUCCCUGACGCUCGCCUGAACUGCUCGGAAGGAAUUGGUUUAGGAUGGCUCUGGAUUUUGCUGCAACGUAUAAAGUGCUAGUGCUAGGCGAUUCCAACGUUGGGAAAACGUGCAUCGUGCAUCGAUAUUGCGAUGAGAGAUACUAUGACACAUACAUUUCCACUAUAGGCAUAGACUUCAAGCAAAAAUUAAUUAACCUGGACGGAGUGCCAAUCAAGCUGCAGAUUUGGGACACCGCCGGCCAGGAACGGUUUCGCACACUGACCACUGCCUACUAUCGGGGUGCCAUGGGUAUUCUGUUGAUGUAUGACGUCACUAGCCUGGAAUCGUUCAACAAUCUCUCCUACUGGCUGCGAAACAUUCAAGAGAACGCAGCACCGGACGUGGUGAAGGUCCUGGCAGGCAAUAAGUGCGAAUGCAAUCCGCCCCAACGGGCGGUGGAUAAGGACCGAGGCGAUAAGAUUGCCGAAAAUUUCGAUAUGCCAUUCUUUGAAGUGUCUUGCAAACAAAACAUAAACAUAGAAGAAGCAUUUCUGACACUUGCCAGAAAAAUACGAGAACAACGAGAACAUCGGGGUGAAAACUUCGACGAUGGAGACCGUCAGAAGGGCCUUCAGGAUAUGAUUAAGAAUGGCCCCGGCUCGAAUGGGCUUGGACCGUUCACGUUGGGUAGUGGAGGUGAGGGAGGUCGAUGUUCCUGCUAAGGUGUUGACGAGACCCAAGCGUUGUACUCUAGCUAACGAAUAAAAAAAAAAUACUUAGCAUCAGAAGACUCAAACUUUUAACUCGGAUAUACCCACAUUUCCGUUCAUAAUGAGUAUUAUUAGUUGGUUCGAAUCGAUGAAAGGCUGUUUUUAUCGUUUUUAGUAAGUUAUACAUGCGAUGGAAGUAUGCAGAUCCAAUGCACAAAUUUAUACAGAUAGAAUCAUUUUAUACGGAAAGUCUCUGUAGUGGCCAGUUUAGUGUGGUAAUGAGGUAAUAAAGAUAAUAUACUCAUAUCAUAAAAAGUAGCAAAACAGAUCAUAUGAAGAUAUACAGUUUAAAAGCUAUUCGUUGAAGUAACUUCAAAGAAUUUGGUUGGUUUUUUAUGAGUCUCCCCGUUAGGUAUAUGAUUUUAGUUCAGGUAGAUUCAACUCAUAAUCGUAAUAUUUUUCCAAUGCUUUAGGUGUCUGUUCGAAACUGUACAACAUACAGCAUGAUUUUCUUUGGAAAUAGAAAUGUGUUACCUUCAAGGAUUGUAGAUCAGUCGAGCGACAUGGUUGGAAAUGAUUUCCUAUAUUUAUUAUACAGAAUUUCAAUAGCGCAUUAGAGAUACGUGUCUAUUAGCGAAACAGUAAAUCUUAGCUUAAAGUUCUUAUCAAGUGAGUAGAUUACCGGAAACUACUGAACAUUUUACAGUCUUUCAGCAGCCGCAUUUGUUCGCUUGUUGGUUGCGCAGUCAAGAGCUGCCUUCGAAUGAUUAAAAUGAAAAUUAUUAGGACAUACUGAUCAUUGAUAAUCUAGCCUGCCGUUAUCAAGAUCAGGUUUUGUUUUUAUCCGUAUCUAUAUAAUUGGUAUGUUUUCAUUCAUAAAAAAAACAGAUACAGUAGUAGUAGUAGUAGCAAAUAUAAGUUUUUAAAACCACAUAUUUUGAAAAUUUCGAAUAUAGUUGACUUCAAAAAGUUUGAUUGAUAAUUCUAAUUUCGAAACUGCAAAAAGUUUGAUUGAUAGUUCUUGAACUUUAUAAAUCAGUUCUCACAUGCAUUCAUCGAACCAUAAAAACAAUUUAGCAUUAUAGUUGAUAUUUUAAAUGAAAAAAAGUCAAUGCGUUUGCAGAUAAAAUAUAAUCUAUGAAAUGGUUUACAUUUGAAUUUCAAAGUGAAAAACAAGGUUAGGAAAUUAAGCUUAGAAACAUCAUGAGGAAAGAGUGGAACUACAAUAUGAUUGAUAGUUUUCUUUCGAAUAUUUGAAAAUAAAUAUCGUGGUAAUGUACCAAAAAAUCUA